CCUAGCCAGGUGUGAGGAGCUGUUGCAAUUAGAGCUAGCUAUAAGCAAAGAUGGUGACUGCUUCAUCCAUUGGUUCAAGAGUUGAGACUUUGUCCGGCAGCGGGAUCUCAACGAUCCCAAAGGAGUACGUGAGACCCAAAGAGGAGCUUAUUAACAUCGGUGACAUCUUCGAGGAGGAGAAGAGCACCGAAGGGCCUCAAGUACCUACCAUUGAUUUGAAGGAGAUAGACUCCGAAGACAUCAAGGUGAGGGAGAAAUGCAGGGAGCAGUUGAAGAAAGCAGCCAGCGACUGGGGUGUCAUGCACCUUGUCAACCACGGCAUCUCCGACGAGCUCAUGGAACGGGUCAAGAAGGCCGGAAAAGACUUCUUUGAUCUCCCAAUUGAGCAGAAGGAGAAGUAUGCCAAUGACCAAGUAUCCGGUAAGAUUCAAGGAUACGGAAGCAAGCUUGCAAACAAUGCUUCCGGGCAACUUGAGUGGGAGGACUACUUUUUCCAUUGUGUUUAUCCUGAGGACAAGCGCGACUUGUCCAUUUGGCCUCAAACACCUUCCGAUUAUAUUGUGGCUACAAGCGAGUACGCUAAGGAACUGAGGGGGCUAGCAACCAAGAUACUGACCAUACUGUCACUCGGCUUGGGGUUAGAAGAAGGGAGGCUUGAGAAGGAAGUUGGUGGACUUGAAGAACUCGUACUGCAAAUGAAGAUCAACUACUACCCAAAAUGCCCUCAGCCGGAACUUGCACUCGGCGUCGAAGCCCAUACCGACGUAAGUGCACUCACCUUCAUCCUCCACAACAUGGUUCCCGGCCUGCAGCUCUUUUACGGCGGCAAAUGGGUGACAGCGAAAUGUGUGCCCAACUCCAUCGUCAUGCACAUCGGCGACACCUUAGAGAUUCUGAGCAAUGGCAAGUACAAGAGCAUUCUUCACAGGGGGCUCGUCAACAAGGAGAAGGUGAGGAUCUCGUGGGCGGUUUUCUGUGAGCCGGCCAAGGAGAAGAUCAUCCUUAAGCCGCUUCCGGAGACUGUCUCCGAGGAGGAGCCGGCGAUGUUUCCACCGCGGACUUUCUUUGAGCAUAUCCAGCACAAGCUGUUCAGGCAGAGCCAGGAAGCUCUCAUGUCUACCAAAGAAGCUGCUCUCAAAAGCAAAGAAGCUGCUCUCAUCUCUACUAAAUAAGCUACUUGAUCAUUCAAACCUUGUUUAAUUAUGGGUUAAUUUAUUGAUUUAGUAUGAUGUUAUUGUUGCAUCGAAGUAUUUCGAUGUUUUUUUUUCUUUUGAGAAGUAUUUCUUUGGUUUGGAGCUGAAUACUUGAAGACGAAGCUGUGGGAAACUUGGUUAUAUGUUAUUUAUUUCAUCAUCAUCUUCUUCUUCUU